AUGAAUAUAAUUACGUCUGAAAGCGAAUUACUAACGGAUUGGUUAGAAGAAAUGUUCCUAAAUGAGAAGUUAUACCUGGAACCUCAACUAGAUAGAGCGACAACAAUUUUAGUGAAAGACGUGUGUAAUUUAUUGAGGCACGACAACCAUGUUUUUGCUUUUUCUGUGGAUACUUUAGAAGAAUAUAUCAGAAGAAAGGCUAUUUUAGAAGAAGAAAUAGAUGAUCCGGCCCUGACUGUAGUAGUUACAAUAUUCAUUUGUGGUAAAGUUGUUGGAAUUCAAGACGUGAAAAUAAAAAUACUUCAAAAUAUUCUAAGAAGAAUGACAGGCAGAAAUUACCACACAAAUAUAAUAAAACAAAAAGAAAUGGAAAUUCUCAAAACCUUCGAUUACAGUUUACCGAUAAAUAACGACGUUGACGAUUUGAAAACUUUUAUUUCCAAGUUUGAAACGCAAAGCUGUAUCAGAGUAUCGAUUAUCUCGUUAUGUUGCGAAAUCCUCGAAGCUCUUUAUAUAACAAGAAGUCACUGGUUUUAUUCGCUUAAAAACAUGUAUAUUGUGAGCAACGAAGCGCUACAGGUAUUUAAAAAGCUCAUGCAAAGCAGACUCUAUUUGCCAAUAGGGAUAUUAAUUUCCGCUUUUAGAAUUACUUCCUACAAAAAUACAUUAAACGUCGAUAAAAUUCUGGAAGACUUAGCUAACGGCUCCCAAAUUCAUACCGACCAUUUUAAUGCUUUAAUUUCAAAAAUUCGAAUUAUACUAACGGAAAUAUGA